ACGCGCACCGCGGUGUGUGUGUGUCGAAAAGGCAUGACGCAAGAGGGACGGGCGCGAGAAAGAGAGUGAAGGUCGUCGGCGCUGCUCGCUGCGUGUACACUCCACUGCUGCUGCCCCCAGGAUACCCCUCUUUCGCCCUCAGUUGCGCUUGCUUCUUGGUUCGAUAGUUCGAGCCAGUAUAGGCUUCCCGAGAGCCAACCGCGCCCAACGGCCGCCCUUCACUAACUGCUUGCGCUGAGCAGCGUCGAGCUCUUGCAGCGCGCCGGCGUCGUUGUCCGGCCUAGCGGAGAAGGGCGUUUCCAGCCAUCAGCACCUUCCACAUUAUCUCACCUCUUCAUACUGGCGAGCCGCGCUGCAGCCUCGAGACUCGCACCCCCACCCGCCGCCACCACCACCAUGGCCGGCCCUAAGCAGCGCAAGAUUGCCAUUGUCGGCAGCAGAGCCGUCGGCAAAUCGAGCUUGACGGUGCAGUUCGUCGACGGCCACUUCGUCGAGAGCUACUAUCCCACCAUCGAGAACACGUUCAGCAAGGUCAUCCGCUACAAGAACCAGGAAUAUGCCACCGAGAUCAUCGAUACCGCCGGCCAGGAUGAGUACAGCAUCCUCAACUCGAAGCACUUCAUCGGCAUCCACGGCUACAUGAUCGUCUACUCGGUCGCCAACAAGCAGUCGUUCGAGAUGGCCCGCAUAAUACGCGACAAGAUCCUCAACCACCUGGCCGCCGAAUACGUCCCGCUUGUCAUCGUCGGCAACAAGUCGGAUCUGCGUCCGGAGCAGCGCCAGGUCACCGCCGAGGAGGGCAAGGCGCUGUCGACGGAGCUGAGCUGCGGCUGGACCGAGGCCAGCGCGCGCUACAACGAGAACGUGCAGAAGGCGUUUGAGCUGAUGAUUGGCGAGAUCGAGAAGAGUCAGAACCCUGGCGAGCCCGCCGGCGGGAGCAAGUGCGCUGUCAUGUAGACGAUGACUGACGUGUGCGAGCGUGCAGACGAAGACCGGUUGGCUCAGCUGGGGCGUCCGCCGGUGAAGAAGCGGUGGGACAAGGUCAAGGAUGAGUGCAAGCUCUCCUAGGGUGAGAGGAGAUGGGGGGUAUAUUAUACGUUUGUCAAGGAACGGAUUAGACUUAGACGGUUGGGUUCGCGUGUUUCUGGUCUCGACGAGAUGUAAUGGCGUUCAGAGCCGAGGUGUAAUGGGCGUUUGGAAUGAAUGGGAUCAUUGUCUUGCAUGAUUGUAUCUCGCUGUGCUGCUUCAACAGAUCCUGGCCCCCUCGGAAGUCGACGUACAGUUCCACCGUCGUAUCUUACGGGAUCACAGUGGCUUACAAUGCAAACCGGGCGUGUUGUAGCUGCAUUUAGAAGAACGCGGGACACGGUACUGGUUCAAAUUAUGCCGCCGUAUUA